AUAAAGCACACUUAUCCAGAAACAGCCUCGGAAUUUUCUUUCCUGGAGGCAGCCAGAAGUGAAUGGGCAUGGAGCGGCCUGCGGCCUGGGAGCCGCAAGGUGCGGAUUCGCUGCGUCGCUUCCAAGGGCUGUUGCUGGAUCGCCGCGGCCAGCUCCACGGCCAGGUGCUGCGCCUGCGCGAGGUGGCCCGGCGCCUAGAGCGCCUCCGCCGGCGAUCCCUGGCGGCCAAUGUGGCGGGCAGCUCACUGAGCGCCGCGGGCGCCGUCGCUGCCAUCGUGGGGCUUUCGCUCAGCCCUGUCACCCUGGGUGCCUCGCUUCUUGCGUCGGCUGUGGGACUAGGGGUGGCCACCGCUGGAGGGGCAGUCACCAUCACAUCCGAUCGCUUCCUGAUUUUCAACUCCGGGGAGGUGCGGAGGGUGCAGGAGAUCACUGCCACCUGCCAGGAGAUGCGUGAGAUCCUGAGUUGCCUGGAGUUCUUCUGCCRCUGGCAGGGCCGCGGGGACCGCCAGCUGCUGCAGAGCGGGAGGAACGCCUCCAUGGCCCUGUACAACUCUGUGUACUUCAUCGUCUUCUUUGGCUCACGUGGCUUCCUCAUCCCCAGGCGCGCGGAGGGGGCCACCAAGGUUAGCCAGGCGGUUCUGAAGGCCAAGAUUCAGAAACUGGCGGAGAGCCUGGAGUCCUGCACCGGGGCUCUGGACGAACUUAGUGAGCAGCUGGAGUCCCGGGUCCAACUCUGCACCAAAUCCAGCCGUGGCCACGACCUCAGGAUCUCUGCUGACCAGCCCGCAGGGUUGUUUUUCUGAGAACAUCCUUUCCCCCUAAUGACCUCGGCCUGAAACUACUCCCAUGGGAUGUUCCAGAAAAACACCACUUUGGGCUAAGAACUGAGUGCAAAGGAUGUGAAAGUGGGUGGAUGCUCACAGCCCUUUUACCAUCACUGACAUGCAGCCUGGGCUUGCAUAUUAGGAACUUCUCACUCGUGUGAUUCUAAUGGAGUUUGUGACCUGAAAACUCUUUCCUUUAUCAAGAACCUUUUAGACCUCACAUAGCUGUGCAGAUACACCUGUUUUAGAGUUAUUUCUAGUGGUAGGGGCGGGUCCCUGACCCCACCCUGAUGAUUUGAGCUGGGGCUGGAGAGGGUGCCACCCUCUGGUUUCUCUCCAAAUCUCACUAGGCUUUGAGGUCCUCAAAAUGCCUGUGAGAGGAGACACUUGCUUUAAAAUCUCUCUUCAGGAGUUUUUGAUAAAAAGAACUCCAGAAUCCUGUUUGGGACCCAGAAAGGGCCUGGARCUGACAUGCCCUCUUCUUCCUGCCCCGCCCACAAAGUGUGGUCCCAGGACUGGCUCAUUAGUACCAUCCAGGAACUUGCUGGGAUCACCUAGUAAGUUCUUGUACUCAAUCCCAGAUUUAAGGAAGCAUAAAGUCUGAAUGUGGGGCCCAGGAACUUGUGUUUAACAAGCCCGCAGAUGAUUCUGAUGUACACUAAGCCUUGAAAACCACUGCAACAAAUGUCAAUUUAUGGUCCCUUCAAUGAGACUUCUCAAAGUCUCACAGCCUCUCUAGGGGCUCCUUGGUCUUCAGAGUCAUUCACAGAAAGGCAAAGACUGUCCUAGAAGCAAAAGAAAGAAUGUAAGUGCGAGCAAGCCUGCUGGUCAACCCAUCCUGGGGAAAUUUUCCACAAGAACUAAGGGAUGUAGCUCAAUAAGUCCAUAAGAGGGCAGUGUCGCCCACUCAUUAUAGAAACUGGUACAGAAAGGAAUGUGAAUUUACCAGAAACAGAUAUUUCCCUAUUAUUUUAUCUGAGAACUCCAGACGACAAGUAUUUAUUUAUUUUAAGUUUGCUAUUUAAUAACUGUUUAUUAUUUUCAUUUAAUUUUAUUUACUCACCGAAAAGCAUGUUUCUGAAUGGAAGACUACUGAGGCUUUUUUUUAUUUUUUAACUGAGGCUUUUUUUUUUUUUUUUUAAGAAAUGAAGUUG